UGGGGGAAGUUGUUGGAUCUUUUCCUCUAUAGCAUGGAUGGUGAGGACUCUAUGUGAGCACUCUUCUGAUGAGAUCAAUGUGUAGCUACAAACUGUAGCUGUGAGGGGUUAGAGUUUGUAAAAAAUUCAGCACCUACAGGCAACAUUUAUUGAUGACUUGGAUUGGAGUAUGAAAAGGAGAUGGAAUAGGCAAUAAAUUCCUGCUGACUGAAUGAAUAAAAUAUUAGAUAAAUAAAUCGUUACCAUUAGGUUUCUAGAUACUGAGGUAAAGUUUAACAUAUUGAGAGAUGUACUUUUUCGCUUUUUUGAUGAGUGGUAGGUGAGAGGAUUGAUACCACGUGUGUAUGCUCAAUACGAUGAUGGCGGCAGCAGUCAGCUCACAUAGCUUAACACAAAGACUAGAAACUAAAGGUAGAUCAGCCUUUCAGCACCUCUAAAGUCAUUAAUUAAUACAUCUUUGGGUUUAGGCACAUGACAGCUCGUUUGGAGUUUGUCAAAUGAUGGUUAACAAUGCUCUAUGUUUGCAUUAACAGCUGUUUACUUAUCAGUCUAGAAGAAACAUGAGUUCAGCAUUAAACUUCAUUCCUGUCUCCGGAGGUGGAAAGCCAUGCUAAUGUUAACUCUUGUUUUGCUUCUAUUUCUAUCACAUCUUUUCUUCUAAGGAAGUUAGCAUGCUAACCAGCUAGCCUCAGCAGUAUCGUAUUUGCGAUAGUGAGUCACUGUAACAUCCAGUCUGCCCUCAGUUCAGCAUAAGGAGAUGAAGAAUUAGCGCUGCCCAGAGGACAUAUUCUAACCUCAUGUAAACACAACAGUGGCUGAAACUCUUGGCAAACAGCCAUAAUCACCACCACUCGCUCCCAUAAGACACCAUGUAUGGAGGCAGAGAAAAUUUACAUAUAGCCCCUUUUUAAAAGACUCUGAAAGCAUGAGAAAAAAAGAUUCCCUGGUCUGAUGAGGCAACAAUUUGGAAUCUUUGGGCAGAACUCCAAACAUAUCUGGCGAACAGCAGGCAUCGCUAAUCAUCUGGCUAAUACCAUCCCAACGGCGAAGCAUGGGGGGGCUUCUCAGCAGCAGGGAGAAUGAUUAGAACUGAGGGAAGAAUGAAUGCAGCCAAAUACAGAGGCCGUUUGAAAGAAAAAAAAAAAAAAACCCUGCUCCAGAGUGCACGCAACCUGAGACUGAGGCGACAGUUCACCUUUCAGCAUGACAAUGACCCGAAGCAAACAGCCAAGACAAUCUCUCUGACUGUCCUUGAGUGGCCCAGCCAAAGCCCAGACAGAAAACCCCAGACAACAUCUGUGGAGAGGCCUGAAGAUGGCUGUUCGCAGAUGCUUCCCACCCAGUCUGACGGAGCUUGAGAAAAUCUGCCAGGAAGAAUGAAAUAAACUGCCCAAAUCCAUGUGUGCAAAUCUUGUAGAAACUCAAAGCUGCAACUGCUGCCAAAGAGGCUUCUACCAAGCACUGAAUUAAAGGUUCUGAAUAGUUGUAUAAAUGAGGAUAUUUCUGUUUUUGUUAAUAAAUUUCCCAAAAAAUUCUAAAAAAAUGUUCUCACUUUGUCACUAUGGGUUAGUAAGUGAAGACUAUUGGACAAAAAAAUGCAUUUUAAUCUCUUGUAAAGGAGGUAAGCCAAAAUUAAAGUGUCAACUUUUAAUGUUCUAUAUAUUUCUCAUAAUUUUCAGUUUAGAGCUGAUAUGCGUAGGUGUGAGUGUGUGUGUUUUAACUGCCUGAGCCUCCAAACCCAUGGUGGUUUCACUUUGUGUCCUUCCCCCACGUAGAGCUCCCCUCACUCCUCCCUCCCUCUCUGUCAUUCACAGGCACACACACACACACACGCAUUAUACUGUAUCUCCCCUGAAAUAGAAAGGUCAAUGUCAGAACACAGGAAAUGCGUGAAUGCAGACGGUCCCAAAAUAAACCACAGGUGUUUCAUCGUAUCUAAAAAGCAUCUUUCACUUCCCAGCUCUUCACUGUGCAAGUCUGUGUUCCUGUCUUAAGGUGGGGUCGACGCAGUAAAGUCUGAGGCGGAAGACAACUAAGACUUAUCUCUGUCACACAGCUUCUGGCCAAGCCAUCCGACUGCUGGUUUAUCUGCUCCGACACACACCCUCUCACUGGGGAAGUGUCUCUCUGCCACCCCCACCCCCCACCCCCCUCCUCCCUCUCCACCUCCUCAUUUCUGCUGACUGCUCAGCCUCUCCUCUCUCAUCUUCUCGCCUCACCCCUCUCUGGAUGCCAGUGCCUUCUAGUCAUGGAGCAGACGACAGUCACACACCAACCAGGACUGUCACUCAACGAAGCCUCAGCAUCAGCAGUUCAAGAAGAGGAAGUGAAGGGCUUCACCGCAGGAAGUGAAGACAGGUCAAACAACGUCCCUGCAGCAACAGAUCCAGUACUCACCCAGCCUGGGCUCGGCAUCACCACGACAACCAUCACCACCAUCACGCAGACAGGAGGAGGCUGGAGCACUGGCCUGUUUGACAUCUGUGGAGACAAGACUACAUGUAUUCUCGGGGCUCUGGUGCCGUGCUGUUUAGACCUGAGUUUAGCUCACCAGUACGGUGAGUGUCUGUGCAUGCCUCUCUUACCAGGAUCCACUUUUGCCCUACGAGUCGGGAUCAGAGAGCGGUACAAGAUACGGGGAAGUGCGUGUGAGGACUGGACCACAGUGUAUUGCUGUUACCCUCUGGCAGUAUGUCAGAUGAUAAGAGAGAUGAAGCGGCGGAUGAAGACUCAGACGUAUCAUGUGUCCACUGCCCUCGAGUGCUCCUGAGUAGAUGAGGCUUUUCUUUUUACAGUGCAACAGAGACCUUUGAGGAUCAGCUGAGAUCACUGGUAUGAAUAGCUUGGAGAAUCAAUGCUAACAGCCCCUGAAGAACGCCUGGGACAAUAAAUCAAGCGUACAAUGUUCAAACAAGACUGGAAAGGAUGAACCUUGAUUAAUAGGGUACAACAACGAGAAGAAUCGCUGCUGUUAGGUUUUGAACUUGUGUGUAGGGCUUAAAACUGCCUUAGAAGUUGUUAAAUCAGCCUUUAAACUGCUGUUGGACUUCUGUUUAGAGAGGAUAUCAUGACUAUAUUGUGAUUUUCUUGCAGAGACAAGAAUUCAUUAAUUACAUUUUGACUUGAGUGAAAAGCAGGUGGCAAGACACGUAUGUAUUUGGUUUCAGUAGCCGUCAUUGUCAGCAAAACAUCUGGCAUAGCUACGGCAACUACUGAAACUGGCAUAUGAGUAGCUUUAUCUGAGGUCAUAAUCAAAGUCAUUGUACCCAUAUUGAAACAUAUAGAACUUUAUUGAACGAUAACAUCUUUGACAGAUCUCUUUCAGAGUUCAGUUCACCCAAAUCCUCAUAAUACAUUUUAUUACGCACACUGCUAAUGGUAUCUAGGCCUGCGUAGUUUCAGUUGUAUUGUGGUCACCACAGUAUAAUGGAGGUAAACUCAACUCAACUCAAAACAGUGAAAAUUUGGAUUUUUGAGAAGCUGGUAAGGACUAUUUCUCAGAUAGAAAGUGGUACAAACGAGGUCAUCUUUAUGUGAUUUGUGUGAAGCGACCCCUUUAAUUCUGUCUCGCAUGCCAAAGGUCACCAGACGCAUUAAUAUCUACAGUCCUCCUCAGACAUGAGGGGAAGAUGAAGCGAGGCUUUCCCGACCUUGAUUCACAAAUUGUGCAAUGGGGACUCAACAUUAGGGGCAAUAUCAGAAUAGUAAUAAAUCUUAUUUUCAGUCCCACAUUUAGAACCACAUUAAAAUAAAGCACAGAAAAGAUGCAUACCACUUCAGUUUGAUUUCCACAGUCAUUUUGUCCCUCAAGUAAGCUUUAAUGCUUUUGAGGGUUGAUUUAUUUGCAUAGGAAGAGACAAGUGUGAGAGUCCAUUCAGUAUGCAGGACCACCUGUUUUGCCCGGGUGGUCCGGCUAAGAUUACAGUCAACAGUUUAAGUACAGUCUGAUGAUAAUAAAACCUAUUUCCAUAUUUCUGUUAUUCUUUUAUCCUUCUAUUCCUUGGUUCACCCCUCAGGCAUUCAAUCAUAUUAUUAAUCCAGUUCUUCCCUGAACCUGAAAUACCAACCAGCAAGAACGGAUAUGAAAAUGUUAUUUAUACACAAAGCAGAUGGGUCCUCAAAGGGCAAAUAUAUAAUUUGUUAACUUCAACGGAUGUGGUCCCCGCACCUGCCAGCUGCCUCAAAUGAAUUGGUGGGGAAAAGAGAAAUUGGUUUGGUGUCAAAAAAGAGAGAUGUGAAUAAUAAAACCCAAUCAUAUUGUACAUACAGCACACAGCAAGGAGUUAAUCUGCUGAAUGAAAAUAAAUAUUUUUCAAUCACUGCAAUACUCUCCUAUAAUUAUUUUGUUGUUUGUUUUUAGUAUAUUGGAAGUCCUCAUCCUUAACCAACACUGUUAUGCUAUUAAAGGCUGAUGAAGCAUCAGGAUGAUGUAAUAUUAUAUGCCUUUCAUGCAGAAAUAAACCACACUUGUGAAUAAAGACGAAUGAUUUUGGAUGGUAGUUCUUGCACCAGUUGUACACAGAGGUCUGCAUAUUAUUUCUGCUUAUAAAUGCUGUGAGCUUGAGAGAGGGAGUGUAACACUCCACUCUCACUUUGCUUUGCAUUAUGAGGGGUUUCAUCUCGCAGAUUAUGUCCCUCUGUGGACAUUUUGAAUUCAGACUCUACACAGAAGACCAAGAGCAGCCCAUAUCAUGCUGCUGUGUACCCAUGCAGAUCAAAGGAACAUCAGCAAACAGACAAACAUUUUGCAAUUCACAGAGUCCCAGCUGAAAAACAUCUUAAAAAUAUGUUCACAUUUUUGUAGCAAAAGAAAAAAAAAAAAAAAAGCAUACUGGUACAGACAUCAUGCUAAUUAGUAAAAACGACCCAGUAUAAACUACAAUACCUACCAUCCUGUGAUGAAAAAACAUUUGUUGUUGUUUACAAGAUUAUAAAGUUCUCUUGCUUUAUUUAGAGUCCUCACUUUGAAAUAAAAAAUACUUGUGUGUUUAAGGUCCAUAACAGCUGGAACAUAGGUUCAGGAAUGUAUUAAAUGAUGUGUAUUUUUUUGGGGGGGUCUAUUGUGGGCCCUUUUGCAGAGGUAUUUAGUGGAGCAGAAUAUUAAUCUGUGAUUUAAUUGGGAGUUGGUUGGGCUGGGGAGGAACUUAUAAUGCCCCGGCCAACACCAAGCUCGAGAGAGAGAGAGUGAGUGACGCACGCCAGAGCAAGCACAUUGUGGGUGUGAUUUGAGCGUCCUUUAUUAUAAUUGACACUUGUGUUUUGUACACUGUAAAUAAAUGCACGGCAAAACAGCAGCUUGCGACUCCAGCCAUCAUUCUUCAACAACAAGAGUCCCACGUUUGUUUGAUAAAUGCUCCUGUAGAUCCUCUGCUCUCUGUCUACUGGGGGUUGUUGGCCAACAGGAUCUGCCUCAAGCAGAGUUGCCUUCAGGCACCGCGGUAGCAUC